CCGACUAAAUGGCUGCCCACAUACGAUAUGUGCAUCGCAACCUGAGCCUUGCAAGUUGCAGCCAUGGAAAAAGCCAUGUGCUUGACGACAGCUCCGCUCCACACACAAAAGUCCGUGCGAUUGUCAACAGCGACGACCGCACCCAUGCGCUCCGAAAUUGACCCGAGAUAUCCAGAACUCUCGUGCAAACAGUCCUUCUCCUCGAGCAACCAUGGACAUCCCCGCGCCCGCACGUUGGCAAUCGUCAAGGAUAGAGCUGAUGGGAAUGGUAUUCUUGACGGGGAUGUCUCGUUCAAGGGAGACGCCAUCUCACCUGCGUCCCGCCGUCCGCAUCGCCCAGCGGGGAGGCAAACCAGGCAAACAGAUCCAACCAACGGAGCUGAACUCGCACUGCCAGUAUCGAUGGCAGCCAAUCAAAGCAACAUAUCCGGUUAGGCCCUCACUAGCCAUUAUGCAGGCGCAAGUUUGGAACUACCCUGGCUGCACGUGAUCCCACGCUGGCUCCAUGAAGGUCGUAUCCCGAAAUAUCAACAAACCCUGAGCCAACACCGACAACAGUAUCAAGAUUCAGUCGAGAUGAAUUGGUGCGCGAAAUACAGCCCACUCCUGCGAUGCCCAAAAUUCAUUUCCAUACACUCCCUUCACUCCACGCCCAAAAUAAUAAUUCCCCGUUCCCGAUCCGAUCCGUUCGGUCUGCUCGGGUAGUCAGACUAGCCGCUUCACCCCACCCCGACCGAGCAUUCGGUUCGGAUCCCCGAGUUUAGGCACUUUUGAAGGCUCCGUGUCUGUUUACUCCACACACGCGUUGUAUCUAUAUGUAUGUUAUCUAGGUAUGUAUGAACGUACAUCUACGUGCGUACAUGCAUCCAUACCUGCUGGCUCUGCGUAAAAGCCGGUGGCCAGCCAAGAGAUGUCAGCAAUGGCGUUCAGAGCCUCUUGAGGCAGCCGAGGCAAACGAACGGGUAGCAAACCAGCAACGCAGAAAUAUUACCUAAUUCGAUUGCGGCAAAA